CGGAGCUACUCUUAUCGGUAACGAUGGGAGUCACUGGAUUGUGGCGGUUGAUUGAACCGACAGGAAAGCCAGUUCCAGUAGAAACGUUGGAAAAUAAGGUUUUAGCUGUUGACAUCUCAAUAUGGUUGCACCAGAUGGUGAAAGGUUAUCAAGAUGCCAAAGGAGCCCCUUUAGCAAAUGCUCACUUGAUGGGCUUGUUCCAACGGCUUUGCAAACUUCUCUACUUCAGGAUAAAACCAAUUUUCGUAUUUGAUGGUGGCUUUCCAGACUUGAAGAAAGAAACAAUUUCUAAAAGACAAGAUCACAAGGUGAAAUAUAAUUCAGAAUCUGAAAGAAUAAAGAGAGAAUUAGCUCUUCUUUUAAGCAAAAAAACUGCUAUCAACAGUUUGCUUGGAAAGCAGAUUUCACCAAAAAAGAAUGUAGCUCAAACUGAAAUUGAAGAUAAUAUAUUCAAAUUGCCAGAACUCCCGAAGAAGAACCAGGAGAGUGAAUCAGAUUCUGAGGAAGAAAGUUCAAGUGGCUCCUCUGUUGAUCUACAUUCAAUGGAUCUAAACUCUGAACAUUUCAAAAACAUGCCCCUUAAAGAGAAGUAUGAUCUACUUGUAGAGUUAAAAGAAACAAGAAAAAUGAAUUCUUGGGGAAGAUUACAUGAAUUACCAAAGAAAAGUGACAGUUUUUCUGAUUUCCAGAUGCAAAGAUUGUUAAAACGAAGGAAACUACAGGAAUGUUUUGAAGAAACUGAGAAAGAAAUGGGUGUUACAGGAAUGUCAUUAAAAGAUUUAGAAUCACUACUUAACGAGGAAGGUAUUGAUACUAAUGUUGAUACAUUACCGACAAAAAGAAUAGCGUCCAAUGAUAAUACAAGAUUCUUACUUAUAAAUAACAUAAAGCAAGCUUUAGCUGAAGCUAAGCAAAGAAAUGACGCCAAAGAUCAAGCAAGCACGAGUAAUAGGGUAGAAGAAAUAAAUAUUGAAAAAGAAAAGUCACCAGUUAAAGAUGAACUUGAAUGUGAUUUAGAGAUGGCCAUUAAAAUGUCUAUGGAAUGUGUAAAUGAAACUGACACAGCUACUUAUAAUUCGAAGACUGAUGAUUCUUGGACAUCCUGUUUAACUGAUACAGAUUAUUCAGACUCUGAAGAUGAAUAUGAAGUACCAGAUAUGUCAACAGCAAAAGCUUAUAUCAUGCAGUAUAGUGAUUUCACUAAUAUUGCUAUUGAAAAACUUGUUUCAGAAAAAAGUAAUAAUAAAAAUAAAGCUCAUGCUUCCAAAUUAGAUGAAAUAUUAGAAGAAAUAAAUAGAGAGAAAGCAUUAAUUGAAAGUAAAUUAGAAAUAUCAUCUGAAGAAGACAAUAAAGUUCAAGAUAUUGACCUUACUUCAGAUUGUGCUGAAACUGUUCCUGUGCAAAAAGACAAAGAGCCUGCAGUAGAAGCAUUCAGUGUAGAAUUAAAACAAAAUCAUAAAGUAGAGGCUGCUGAUGGUGUUGUUGAGGAUAGCAAAGAAAUUGGUCAGCUUACAGUUCUGAAUGUAAGUGAUAAAGAACAAAAUAUCGAUAUUAUUGAAAGAAAAGAAAUGCCAAUAAAAGCUAUUGAUUCUUCGCAAUCCUCAGUAAUUUGUAUUCACAGUUCUGAUGAGGAUAUUUUAUCUUUUGAUGUAGAAAACACUGAUAAACGUAAUCCUGAAAUAUCCAAGGAUUCUGAAUCGGAUGAAGACGAUUUUGAGGACGUGCCAGAAAUAAAUUCUAAUCCCAAAACUGUUGUGCAACUAAUAUUAAAUACCAAUACUAUACCAGAUAAGAAUGAUCUGUUUGCAGAUAUCUUUGAGAAUACAGAGGCUGUAGAUGUUCAUGUGGAAACUGAAAAAGUGGAACAAAAAGGGCGCAAUGAACUAAAAAGUGAUAUACGCGAUCAAUUAAAAGUUGUAACCGAUGACACGACCAAAAAUAAGUUUAGAAAAGAGAGCACAGAAGUAGUAGAGACUAAUUUACAAAAUGAAACAGUAAAUUGUAUUAUCCAGCACGAAAAUGACGAAAAAGCUACUAAUUCGGACAAAAAACUGAAACUUUUACAAGAGAGAACUGUAGUCAAAGAGCCGAUAUCAACUGAAAAGUUGAAUACAAUUGUAGGUGAGAUUCAGUCAAAAGAAAAUUCUCUAAUACAAGAGAAAGGUCGAUUAGAUCGUGUUGGUAGAAACAUAACAGAACAGAUGACUAAAGAAGCUCAGGAGUUACUGCAAAUAUUCGGAAUUCCUUAUAUCGUCGCACCAAUGGAAGCAGAGGCACAGUGUGCCUUCCUUGAGACCAUUAAUCUAACUGACGGAACAAUCACAGAUGAUAGUGAUAUUUGGCUAUUUGGGGGUAGAACUGUGUACAAAAAUUUCUUUAAUCAAAAGAAACAUGUUCUACAGUUUUUAGCUGACAUAAUAGAAAAAUCAUAUAACUUAAGUCGUGAGCAGCUUGUUUUACUAGCUCUGUUAGUGGGCAGUGACUACACUACCGGGGUGUCUGGAGUAGGUCCAGUCACCGCACUAGAAAUCUUAGCGUCUUUUCCUUUCAACAAAAAGCAAUUGAAUGAAAGCGUUAAGAAAUCGCGAUAUGCCGAAAUGGUGGCUGGCUUACAAGAAUUUAAGGUGUGGGUGCGUGCCGGGAGAAGAACAGAUAAUAUUAGCUUAAAGAAAAAACUGAAGAAUGUGAAUUUGUCCGAAGAUUUUCCCAGUGUUCGCGUUGUACAAGCAUACUUAGAACCGAAUGUUGAAAAAAGUAAUGAAAAAUUUACAUGGGGUGAAUUAGACAUCACAAUACUUCGAGAUUAUACGAAAGAGAAAUUUGGUUGGUCACAAAAUAAACUCGACGAAAUAAUUAAACCAGUUUUAAAAAGAAUGCAAGAGAAGAAACUGCAGAGGUCAGUUGAAGAUUAUUUCAAGAAAAAUGUCAACUUGCAAUCUUUGGAGGAUCAAAUGAGCAAAAGGGUGAAAGCAGCGGUACAGAAAAUGGGACCGAAUAUAUUAAAUACACUUGAAGACCCUAUUCCGAGUACACAAGUUCAGGCAACAAUUGUUAAGAAAAGAAAGAAAAUAAAAAAUGAAUCAAAUAAAUCAGGCCCUACACAGCCUAAGUUGAAGAAAAAUCUAGAAGAAAAGCUCCUCAUUAGUCAGGGGGUAAAAGUCAUUUCAGAAACCAGUGAAGAUAGAACGAAAAAAAUUGAAAUACAAAUUCCUAAAACGGACCGAGUUCAAGAAAUCAUUCCACAGAGAGAGAAAGAGAAACAGAGCUUAUUGCAGAAUAAAUUGAAGGCUAUUGAAAUAUUCAGGAAGACCAAAAUCGAUCGCAAGAAAAAAGCUUUUAAAAAGAAAGUUAUAUUACCAAAAAACGAUGCAGAACUCUCAGAAACUGAUAGUGAAUAAUGUAGAAUGCAUGUAUAGGAUCUUGUUUGUUUUGUUCAAUAAAAAAAUCAAAUUUAAAAUAAUAUUUUUAUUGUUUAUACAACUCUAAGGAUAUAAUAAUAAGUGCACAUGAUAACACCACAUAUCUGUACAACUGUUAUUUAAUAAUUAUAAAUAUUGAUAUCUACACUAGAGAUCGGGGAUCGUUGCGAAUCUUAAUUCUCAUAUCUGCAAUUCGCACAAAGUUAGUGUUUUUUCUAAACUGAAAAACGAAAUAGCUUAUAACGUUCGAAUUUCUAAACAAAGUACUGAAUGAUCGACUUUUUGAUUUUUAAAAGAUGACAAGAGACGUAUUUACGUCUUCCGCGUCUAACAAUCGCCCGUCCCUAGCUUGAACCAAAUUUAUAAAACUUCUUAAAUUUUACUGUAAAUCAUGAAACUAAGUUAAAUACCUAGUAUUGUUUUUAACGUUUAAAAACUCGAAAAAUAAUAUUGAAAAAACGAUUGGUUUUACAGAGAAAAUAUUAUAAUCAAUUUCAUUUAGAACUAACAUCUACACAACUUUAUUGUUUACUAUUGCAUUACUUUUGGUAGUUAUGAUGUUUUAGUCCGUAACCUAACAUACUAACAAAUCACCAAAUCACGUUUACCAAUUUGGAAAACGUUUAAUAGCAAUCCAAUCUUGCAGUGUGAGGUUAUGUUUUUAAGUGUGGUGAGCUGAAACAAUUAUAACGUGAGGCAUCAGGCCCUUUAAAAUAUACUAAACGAUGUGCAAAUCAUAGUUGUACAAGAUGAAAGCUUAGCAUUUAUUUUAUUCAGAAAUAAAAAUUAUAAGAUAUUUUUUCGUAGGACAUUAUAUUUAAAUUAUGAAGAAACUUAAUCUCAACUGACCAAGAGACCAGUGUGUUUAGUAUGAGUUUUUUAACGUACUCAAAUUUGUAUGGAAUUGGAACGUUUGUCUACGUUUGGCGCUAGAGGCGCUGUUCCAUCUGCAUACAGAUUUGAGUUAACUUAUACGCUAUCGAGAACGUUAAAAAACUCGAAAUAAGCACUUAGACAAUAACUUCUAAAAAACAGUACACUCCGAGUUGUUACGAAUCGUUAAUUGACAACAUUUCAUAUUUUCAAUAUGCUUGAAUAUCAAUCAUGGAAUGAACAUAAAUACAUAGUUUUACUAUAUUUUUUUUUUGUUUCUAAAAAACUUUCGUUCUAAGCAGACUUAACGCCAAAUGACGUUAUAUGAGUAAUUAUAUAGUUGACUAUCGAACUCAUCUUUUAUUUGAAUAAAAUAUGGUAUGAUCUUGAUAUUUAACCUUUUGACAGCCAUGUAGGUCACCGGUGCCCUACGUACGGAAGUAAUUAUGUCGAUUUCUGUUCCUAGAGUUUAGGAGCACAUUGUAUACUGUGUAUCACGAAGGGUUCUCUAUCUAACUGAACUUUUGCAAAAUCAAAAAAAUUCUCUUUGUCUUCACCUCGUUAUUUUCGAAGCUUACAGACAUCACAGGACAUGAAUCUUGAGACAUGAGGCUACACAAGUCAACGCCCUAUCAUUAUAUGAAUAUUUUUUAUUUGAAAACUGGUGCUUUUCAUAUGAUCCCAUUUAAAUAUUAUCAAGAUCUGAAUAAUAGUUUUCGAGUUAUCCUUAAUUAUUCAUAUUUAAUUGACUUUUUAUUUUAUUUGUUGAAAUCGGUUUUCUAUUUUGUUAUAAAACUGUUUUAUCAAAGUUAGUUUCUUCUUUGAAUUUAAAAUAGAGGUAAAAAAUCUAUAAAUUAUAAAUUGCAACACUAGUCAGUGUUGUCAUCUUCGAAAAUAUAUUUGAUGUAUCUCAAUUUUCUUAACAAAACAAUAUCCCUCAAAUAUGUUUUUAAGCCAUAUUUAAUUGUGAAAUGUUGUCAACUUCAAAUACACUGACAUUAUUCAAGAUAACCAUUGGCAAACAUGAACAAAACAGGACAUUGUAACUCAAAUCGUAUAAAAAAUAUGAAAAAAUCUUUAUAAACAUAAAUUAAACUAAAAACAAGGAUUAGUCAAUAUUUUUUUUAAAUAAUGAUCAUUUUCUUUUGCCUUGAGGGGACAAACAGGUCCAAUACUAACUUUAACAUCGAUGACUGCUUUUCAUUUGACCGGUGCAAAGUUCACAUAUUCAGUUCAAUAAUAAUUAUUAAUAUUUACUGUCAAGUGCAAAGUGGAUACCGAUUCAAUAUUAAAAUUAGAUCUAAUACACGCUCUUGAUAACAUGAAUACGAUAUUUUAUAUUUUUAGUUUUAAAUAGAAAUAAUUAUGAUAAUGUCUGUUUCAUUAACGACUAGAAACG